AUGGCGACGGCAAGCAACACCCAGGCCCACGAGAGUGGCUCUGAUACCAACAGCAACUAUGGCGUCGACUACGUCAUCCACUUCCUCGUCCCCGAAAAGGAGCGCAACGAGGCCGAGGCGGCAUUUGUGCAGCUGAUCGAAGCACUGGCGGCGGCCGGCUUUGCCACCGAGGUGCGUGCCGGUGCCGACAAGGGCUCGCUGCUCGUGUUCACCAGGCUGGCCUCGGCCGGUCUGCUGCGCACGCAAGUCUACCGCUCGCGGCUGCAGGACUGGCUAUACGGCAUUCGCACUCAGGCGCCGCCCAGCCGCAAAACCCAGGGCGGCCGCGACGUCGACCUGGCCGCCUACUUUGCUGACGAGCCCAUCAGCGAGGCCGAGCGUCUCCGCCUGAUCUACUUACUGCUGACCCGGUCCCGGAGCGAAGGCGGCGCCGGCAUCACGCCGCCCGGAAGUGACGCUCUCGCUGGUGGCAGCAACCCGCAUCGCUUUGUUGCCGGUCUCUUCCCCCUGCACGACCACGCCUUCAACCGCGCCUGGAUCAAGCAGUGGGGCACCAAGUACAUGCUCGAUGCAACCGACCUCGACAGCAUUCGUGACAAGUUUGGCGAGCGCGUUGCCUUUUACUUUGCCUUUCUUCAGAGCUACUUUGCCUUUCUGCUCUUUCCCGCCGCCUUUGGCUUCGGCGCCUGGCUGCUCUUCGGCCAGUUUUCUUGGUUCUAUGCCGUCGUCAACUGCCUCUGGUCCGUCGUCUUCUUUGAGUACUGGAAGAAGAAGGAGGUCGACCUGGCCGUUCAGUGGGGCGUCCGUGGCGUCUCGCAGAUCCAGCUGCCUCGGCCUCAGUUCCGCUUCGACCGCGAGGCCAAGGACCCCGUCACCGGCGAGUCCGUCAAGAUCUACUCGCCCUUCCGCCGUCUCUCCCACCAGCUGCUGCAGGUGCCCUUUGCCCUUGCAUGCGUCGCCGCACUCGGCAGCCUGAUCGCCCUUUGCUUUGCCAUUGAGAUCUUCAUCACCGAGGUCUACAGCGGGCCUUUCAAGCAGUAUCUGACCUUCUUGCCUACUAUCCUCCUGACCGGCCUUAUGCCCGUCCUUACCGGUGUGCUUUCCAAGGUGGCCGAGAGACUGACCGUGCUGGAAAACUACGCCACGCAAGACACUCACCAGGCCGGCCUUGUGCAAAAGAUCUUUGUCAUCAACUUCAUCACGUCCUACCUGCCCAUCUUCCUGACCGCCUUUGUCUACGUGCCCUUUGGCAAGGUCCUCGUGCCGUACCUGGAUGUGUUCCAGAUCACGGCGCAGCGCCUGACCGGCGACAACAAGACCGAGACGGCCGCCGAGGUGCAGGUGACGUCGCUGCCGCCGCCGAGCUUCCAGAUCAACCCAGACCGCCUGACGAAGCAGGUCAUCUACUUCACCGUGACGGCCCAGGUGGUCAACUUUCUCCUCGAGGCCGUCGUGCCGUACGCCAAGCGCCGGGUGUUCAAGGUGGUCAAGGAGGAGAUGACGUCGCGCAGCGGCCAGGGUGUCGUCCACGAGAAGGACGCGCCGGAAGAGUCCGCCUUCCUCGAGCGCGUGCGCAACGAAGCCGAGCUGGGCGUGUACGACGUCACGAUCGACUACCGCGAAAUGGUGGUGCAGUUUGGCUACCUGGCACUGUUCUCGGCCAUCUGGCCGCUCACGGCCUGCUCGUUCCUCAUCAACAACUGGGUCGAGGCUCGAUCGGACGCCAUGAAGAUCGCCAUCGGCAGCCAGCGGCCCAUUCCCUGGCGAGCAGACUCCAUCGGACCCUGGCUGGCGCCCUUGGGCUUUUUGUCGUGGCUCGGCAGCUUGACCAGCGCCGCGGUGGUCUACCUCUUCCGAUCGGACCCCCACGGCCCCGACGGCGAGCCCUGGAACAUCCGCGGCUGGGCGCUGCUGCUCAGCAUCCUCGUGGCCGAGCACCUGUAUCUGGUCGUGCAGCUGGUUGUGCGCUACGUCGUCGAUAAGAUGGACAGCCCCGGCCUGCAAAAAGAGCGCGCCGAGCGCUUUGCCCUCCGCAAGAACGUGCUCGCCGAGUCCCUGGGUGUGGCUGAGGCCGAGGCGGAAGCGCAGCUCAGCCCGGUCGCGUCGAACAGUCCGGCAAUCACGCGCGACGUUUUGGAGGAGGACCUUCGCCAGACUUCGAUCCAGAGCCAAGGCUCUCCGGAAGCAUUGUUUUGGCUUCGCCAGCGUGGUGCCUCUGAGACGAUCCAGAUUGGCCGGGGCUUGAUUUCGGAGGUAUCUUGA